CGAGGACUAGUGCUAGUGCUAGGUCCUAGCGUCCAGCCAUAAAGAUAUACUGAGUAUUAUUUUUUGUUUUUUCUGUGUUGAAAUCCAACUCAAUUCAUGGAUGUUGUGAGUCAGUUGCAGAGACAGCUUGCCGAUUUCCUAGCUCCUCUCUACCGAGAGGGUUUUGUGGACGAUCAGUUUACUCAGUUGCAAAAGCUACAAGAUGAGAGCAGCCCUGAUUUUGUGAUGGAGGUUGUGUCUCUCUUCUUUGAAGAUUGUGAAAAGCUUGUUAAUAAUAUGGCCAAAGCCCUAGAACAGCAGGUCGUGGACUUCAAACAGGUGGAUUCUCACGUUCAUCAACUGAAAGGUAGUAGUUCCAGCAUAGGUGCAGCAAGAAUUAAAAAUGUCUGCGUUGCCUUCAAAACUUUUUGUGAAGCCCAAAACCGUGAAGGGUGUUUGAGAUGUCUGCAACAAGUAAAUCAUGAGUACACGCAGUUGAAAGCCAAUCUUCAAACUCUAUUCACGCUGGAGCGACAGAUUGUGGCAGCAGGGGGUUCAGUUCCAGCUAUGCAAUAAGUAAUGUUGAUGUAACUCUUCUAUCAACACAAAUAGAAAGGUGAAAGUUAGUGUUGCAGAUACAGUUGUAAGUUCAAGCUUAUUGGAGUUCUUCAAAAUUCACAUGAUAGGAGAGUAAAUGUGAAUUGACUUUUAUAUAUCUUCUGCCACAUCGCCUACAAUUUCGGCCGCUUCUCAGUGGGUCCAAAUUUGUUGUAUCUAACUAGAAUGCCAAAGUUAUCUCUAGGCUCAUCAAACUGUUUACAAUAGCCUAAUGUGAAACCCAUUAAAUGCAUGAAGCAGAUGAAUUCCUGUAGAUAUAUAGUAAUUCAUGGAAAAAUUAAGCAUUCCAGCA